AUGCUAGAGUAUACCACCGAAGACGUUGCGGCCCACAAGACCCGUGACGAUUUGUGGGUGAUUGUUCACAGCAAAGUUUAUGAUGUCACGAAAUACGUACGAGACCAUCCCGGUGGAGUUGAUGUCCUGAUCGAUGUUGCUGGAACGGACGCAACUGCAGCUUAUGAGGAUGUUGGGCACUCAGAGGAUGCGAAUGAAAUCUUGCAGGAAUAUCUGAUUGGCACUUUGAAGGACGCUCACGAAUUUAAACGCAAAGCUGCCGUUCGGGUCAUUCAGCAGACUCCUCAGCAAAUUAGCACGGAGAAAUCAUCGUCUGGUAUUCGCACAGUGACGGUAGCCGCUAGCUCCCUGGGUGGUCUCUUCUCACUGUACUUCGCCUCCUCCCGUCUCGCCUCAUCCCAAACCCUGCGAGAGGUGUUGGCCAAACUCCCUCAUGUCUCUCCCCUGUUGCCUACCGCCGUCACUGAUAUUCGCUUGCCUCAUGGAGGAUUCGUGAACGGAUUUGCCGCUGCUGCCCUCAUUUUUACGGCUGUGGGUAGCCUCAUUGGAGUCAAGCUCUCUAAACUGACUCAAGUCGAGUCCGGGUUUACCAAAUACCCCAUUCACAUUAAGAGUCAUCAAGUGGCCAAGCCAAGCCCGCACUUUAACCCGGGAUUCCUCCAUCCUAAGGAAUACAAGAACCUUCCACUUGUCCACAAAGACCUGUUGGCACCCAACGUUUAUAGAUUUGUCUUCCUGCUGCCGAACCCCACAGAUGUGAUUGGCCUCCCUAUUGGCCAGCACGUCGCUAUUAAGGCUACUAUCAAUGGACAGCCUGUCUCCAGAUCGUACACUCCUACCUCUAAUAAUCUGGAUUUGGGGAGACUGGAGUUGGUCAUUAAAUGCUAUCCCGACGGCUUGCUUACCGGCCAAUACCUCGCCAAUCUCAACGUUGGAGAUAAGGUGCAGUUCCGAGGCCCUAAGGGUGCUAUGAAGUAUAAACAGGGCCUUUGCAAACAGAUUGGCAUGAUCGCUGGUGGAACAGGCAUCACUCCUAUGUAUCAGCUGAUUCGUGCCAUCUGUGAAGACGACACUGACACAACUGAGAUCAGCCUCAUCUAUGCUAACCGGAAUGAAGAAGAUAUUCUUUUGCGUAAAGAAUUGGAGGCUUUUGCCGCGAACUAUCCUAAGAACUUCAAGGUCUUCUAUAUGCUCGAUAACCCUCCUCAGAAGUGGGCAUAUGGGAAGGGAUACGUUACUUCCACCGUUAUGGCUGAUAAGUUACCUAGGCCUACUCCAGAUACUAGGAUCAUGCUCUGCGGACCUCCAGGAAUGAUAAAUGCUGCUAAGAAGGGCUUGGUGUCUCUAGGAUUUCAAGCUCCCGGAACGGUCACCAAGAUGACAGACCAGAUCUUCUGCUUCUAA